AUGGGCAAUUGGUAUGGCCGAUGGAGCUAUAUAUCUGCAUUUGUGGAAGUUUGGUCAUCUAACAGAACAGAAAAUUACUCGAAAACCUUUGAACAGCAACUUCUUGAUAUGGGAGCAAAAGUUUCAAAAACUUUGAACAAGCAUGUGACCCAUGUAGUCUUCAAAGACGGACGUUUGGCUACAUGGAGAAAAGCACAGAAGAUGGGUGUAAAAAUAGUUUCUGUACUCUGGGUGGAGAAGUGUCGAGAAACUGGAGUACAUGUUGAUGAAUCCUUAUUUCCUGCAGUAGACACUAAUGAAGGAUUACCACUACUGAUCAAAAAACACAAAUGUAUGCAGCCAAAAGACUUUGUUGAAAAAACUCCAGAAAAUGAUAGAAAGCUGCAGAGAAGACUGGACCAGAUGGCUAAAGAAUUAGCUGUACAAAAGAUAGCAAUUAAUGCUGAAACUGAUGUACCAGUUUUACUAUUUGAAGACAAUGGUUCACUUGUAUACAGCCCAGUUAAUAAGAUCAAAGAUCAAUGCAGUGCAAUGGAAAGAAGAAUAAAGGAGAUGAAGGAAAAAAGAGAAAAUAUUUCUCCUACUGCUUCGCAAAUGUCUCAAGUACCUCCAAGUAGUUCACCAGGAGACUGCCUGCUGUCUACUUGUGUCUUAACUAAUUCAGAAGAUGCAUUGUUACCAGGAGAACAAAUGGAAGAGUGCUUGAACUCAAGUUAUGAUUAUCUUUGGGGAACUGGUAUAUUAAAGAGAGAGAAAACAGAGGUAGUAAAACACACCUGUGAUACUUGGACUGAUAUUAGUGUAUCCAUGAGUGCAUCGGUGAAUUCUCCCUCACAUAGCUAUGAGCAGGAGAGCUUAACACCAAAACAACAUAGCAGAAGAAGCUUAAGAAAGAAACAGAUUUUACAGCACGCUUUGGAUCAUAAAUUGUCUUUAGAAAAGAAAGACCUAAAAAGGUUUCCAAAGAAAAAUCAGAAGGAUGAAAAUAGCAUGAUUACUUCAGUUGCAAACGAAAGCUCUCUUCUUCAAAUCAAGGGCUUGGGUCAUAUUACUCCUUCAAAAAAAAUAGUCAAGUUAAAUACUGUUCCUACUUUGAUUGGCAGUCUCUCUAAUUCACCUAUGAGCAGUGAAGACUUUAAUACAUGUUCAUUGGAUAGAAGCUUCCCUGUUGACAGAAAUGAUUGUAUUCUUGAAGACAAGAAGAGGAAGAAACUACAAACAGUAUCUAGUUUGAAACUGGCUACCUCAGAACUGGGUGCAUCAGGGUGUAAAGAGUUCUUGCAAGCAGCUACUACAUAUAGCAAGUCUUUUUGCGCUGAAGAGGCUUCUUAUGAAGACUUCUUUUCAUCAUCUAAUUUGAAUGAAAAUGAAGUACAAGUACGAGUACCAAAGGAAUCACAGAAUCCUCCUGAAGUUUGUUGCAAAGACUCUUUUAUAAGCAUGGACUCCCUUGAUGUGAGUUUCUGUAAGCCACAUACUUCCAAGAAAAGUAGGAAAAAAUCUAUUCCAGCAAAUGAUGUUUCAGUAAAGAAAAAUUUCAAACCAGCUGAACAUCCUGGAAGUGUGCCAUUAAACUAUAUGUCAGAUGGCGAAAAAGCUGACACUGCAGAAGCUCUAGAUUCUGAUGAUGUGAAUAGGCUGCCUCAACAUGCUCUUGAAAAAUCCUACAGAACCAAUGUGAAUUACUGUACUCGCACUACUGGUGAUGAAAAUGAAGUUUCAGAGUGUCAUGUUACUGAUGGCUCUUGCAAAGUUUUUAAUGAACAAAAGAAUGAGCACAAUGGGGGGUUAAGAAAAGCUAGAAGACUCCAAAAGCCAACAAGGACACUAGUUAUGACGAGUAUGUCUUCUGAGAAACAAAAUAUAGUAAUUCAGGUGGUGAAUAAACUUGGAGACUUUUUGUUCUCAGAUGAUGUAUGUGAAACAACAAGUCAUGUAGUUAUAGGGAGUCCUCGUCGUACCUUGAAUGUUAUGCUGGGAAUUGCUCGUGGGUGUUGGAUUGUUUCUUAUGAAUGGGUUCUGUGGUCUUUGGAAUUGGGCCAUUGGAUCUCAGAGGAACCAUAUGAGCUUUCAUCCAACUUCCCUGCAGCUCCUAUCUGCAGACUUCAGCGUCACCUAUCAACAGGAAAAUACCAGCAGAAUCUCUUUUCAAACCAGCCUGUCAUGUUUGUAUCUCCUACCAGUCAGCCACCCUGCAAAAAACUAACUGAACUUAUACAGCUGUCAGGAGGGAAAAUAUGUAAAGUCUUACGUCAGGCAAAAAUCUGUAUAGGAAAAAACCCAGGAAAGAAGUACCGGGAAAUAAAAAGUUUAUCAGAAAAAUGGGUAUUAGAUUCAAUCACUCAGCAUACAAUAUGUCCCAUGGAAAACUACAUUUUUCAGCUGUGA